CGGGGAGCGCCGCGAGCGGGCUUCCGGUGUGCGUGGCCGUCACGCAUCGCGCGGUUUUCCCGCAGGCCCUUGUCCUGUCUUGUAGAGGGCGCGGGCGCCGUGCUGCGUUCCGCGGCCUGUAGUCUCCGCGCGUCCCAGCGAAGGCAGCCCAACAUGAGCGGCAAAGAAGGCCCGGGCGGCUUCAGGAAGAGGAAGCACGACAACUUCCCGCACGGCCAGCGCAGAGAGGGCAAGGAUGUGAGCGCGUCGUCGCCGGUGAUGCUGGCUUUCAAGUCGUUUCAGCAGGAGCUGGAUGCGCGGCAUGACAAGUAUGAGAGGCUGGUGAAACUCAGCCGGGACAUAACCGUUGAAAGUAAAAGAACCAUUUUUCUCCUCCAUAGGAUUACAAGUGCUCCUGAUAUGGAAGAAAUACUCACUGAAUCAGAAGUUAAAUUGGAUGGUGUCAGACAAAAAAUAUUGCAGGUAGCCCAGGAGCUGUCAGGAGAAGACAUGCAUCAGUUCCACCGAGCCAUCACCACGGGACUGCAGGAAUAUGUGGAAGCUGUCUCUUUUCAGCACUUCAUCAAAACACGGUCAUUAAUCAGUAUGGAUGAAAUUAAUAAAGAGUUGGUAUUUACAACAGAAGACAGUGGAAAAGAAAACAAGACUGUGAGAACUUAAAAUAUUUCUUAUUUGUAUAGUAUACAUAAUGGCUUAAUGGUCGUAGGGGAUGGACUAGCUCCAUGUGGAGAAGAUUGAGAUGGGGCAUGAUCCAUGUGAUUUCAGAUUCUCAGCCAGGGAAAUAGGGCUUUUAAAUGUUCUAGUUAGGGAUAGAAGAGGAACAGCUUGGGGUACAUUGGGAAAAGAAACAAUUUUCUGCCUAAAGCAAACACUGUUAUUAGUUCUUUUAUUAACCUUGUGAGAUAAGAAUUAUCACCUCAUUUUACAGAGAAGGAAUUAGGCUUUUAAAGAAUAGCUAACAAGAAGUCACACAAGUCAGGCAUGGUGGAUUGCUUCUGUGAUCCCUUUGGGAAGAUUGCAAGUUCAAAGCCAGCCUCAGCAACUUAGCAAGAUCCUAAGUAACUUAGUGAGACCCUGUCCAAAAUUUAAAAAUAAAUAAAUAAUACAAAAGGACAGGGGUGUAGCUUAGUGGUUAUGCCCUGGGUUUAAUCCCCAGGACCAAAAAAAAGCCACACAGCCAAGUGGCAGCACUAAGAUUUGAAACCAGGCAUUUUGCAUCCAAUCCUCUGCCAAGUCUCUCUGCCAGAGCUUCUCAAAGUGAGCUGCAGUGGCCCCUUGUGCUAGGUGCUGCCUCAGAGCCUUGUUGGAGAGGCUUUGACUUGAAGCUUUGUAGUGAGGCCAUGUACAUACUCCAUACCCGAGGGAUCCAGUAAAGUCGUUGUUGCAUAGUGAGAGCUCUGAAUCACUUAGAUCAUGAUGCUUAUGUCUGAAUUUAUGUAGCUCUUGUGAGUUAACUUUUUGCAGGUAGAUUUUUUUUUUUAAUAUUUUGUUUUAGUUGUAGUUGGACACAAUACCUUUAUCUUAUUUUUAUGAGGUGCUAAGGAUUGAACCAAGCGCCCCACAUGAACUAAGCAGGUGCUCUGCUGCUGAGCCACAACCCCAUUCCCUUCAGGUAGAUUUUUUUAAACAAGCACUCUUUCUUUUUUCUUUCUGGAUUUUAAGAUAGAAAGAACACUGAGGCAACAGGGUGAGCCCUUUUUCUUUUUGUUCGUUUUGGUUAUAUCUGACAGUAGAAUGUAUUUUGACAUAUUAUAUAUACAUGAGUGCAACUUCCUGUUCUUCUAGUUUUACUUGCUGUGGAAUUACACUGGUCAUGUAUUCAUAUAUGAACAUAGGAAAGUUAUGUCCAACUCAUUCUAGUCUCUUUCCUAUUCCUAUCCCACUCCCUUCUCUUCAUUCCCCUUUG